AUGGCUGACCGCCACGGGAAGGACGCGCCCCAGUGUUCCUUCCACUCCUCCCUACUGGACAAGCCUCCGCCUGGUCCGUCACACAACCUGCAGAAGGGGGCUCGCACGAUAUCUAGUUCAGAGCAAGGAUAUGCAUCAUGUGCGGAGGGCAGUGUGAUGAGUGGCAUGUGUGGGAAGGGAGGAGGCGCCUCAAGUGAGAAUGAGGCUAAAGAGAAAAAGCAAAAAAGGAGCAUCGAAAAUAAUAUAGUGAGACUAAAAAAAACAAAAAUUGAUUAUUCUGACAUUUUGGAAAAAUUCUGA